CAACAACAUCUACAGAAGAUUGGCUUGCUUUUGUUUGCUUGUGAAGGCCAUCGGGCGUUGAACAGAUAUGUAACAAAUAAGACGAAGAUUUAAUAUUAUCCUUUAAAGUAUAAGUAUAAUCUUCCGCAGAUUCUUCAUAGAAGAAGGAAACAGAAGUAGAUCGAAAUGGCUACGAGCUCUUCUCGUCCCGAGGAGGACUGCCUAUGCCCCGUGUGCUGUGACUUUUACAGCGAUCCCAUCAUUCUACUGUGCGGUCACAGCUUCUGCAAAAACUGCAUCCAGGAAUGGUGGACACAGAAAGGAAGCAAGACGUGUCCUGUCUGCAAGGAGAUGUUCUCCUUGGAUCGACCGCCGCGUAAUCUCGCGCUAAAGAACCUGACUGAGUCGCUCAAGGAAGAGGCGUCGCGCCAGACGGCGGAGGACCUGUGUGAGACCCACGGAGAGAGCCUCAAGUUGUUCUGCGUGGACCACCAGAAGCCUAUCUGUGUGAUUUGCAGGGACGCAAAGGAUCACAAGAAACACCAAUGUGUACCCAUCAAUGAAGCAGCGGAAGAUAACAAAAAAGAACUGAGGAUUGCACUGAUGCACUUGAGAACCAAAUUGAGCAAAUUUGAAAAAGAGAAACUUGCAUGUAACAAAAUGUGCACCCACAUUCAGAAACAGGCAAAGCAGACAGAAGAGAAUAUUAAAGGAGAAUUCCAGAAACUUUACCAGUUUAUGCGUGCAGAGGAGGCUGCUCGCAUCGAUGCAUUAAGGAAAGAGGCGGCAAAGAAGAGUCAGGCCAUGCAGAUCAGACUCAUCAAUUUGAUUGCUGAGACUUCAUCUCUUUCCAAAACCAUGAAAGCUGCAGAGACGGACCUGGAGGCUGCAGACCUCUCAUUCAUGAAUAACUACGACGCAAUCAAAAAGAGGACCCAGUGUACCCUGCCAGACCCUGAGACUCCAUCAGGGGCCCUCAUCGAUGAGGCCAAACACAAAGGGAACCUGCUCUUCCACGUCUGGAAUAAGAUGAAGAGCAUCAUUCGAUACACACCUUUCUGUUUGGAUCCCAACACUGCAAUGUCUCACGUGAUUGUGUCAGAGGAUCUGAUGAGUUUGACUAAAAACUACCAAGAAGUCCCUUCAAACCCAGAGAGAUCCAUGCAGAAUUGUGAGGUCCUUAGCUCCACUGGGAUUAGCUCAGGGAUACACUCCUGGGAUGUACAGUUAGGGGGUUCUUGGCAUGUUGGGGUUAUAACAAAAACUAAAAUGGAGACCCGGGCUUGUCUCUUCCUUUACGGCAGUCAAACUUUAGCUCAAUAUGGCCCAGAAACUGCAGACUGUCUGAUAGAAGUUGAUAACAUUCCUCAAAAGAUCAGAGUACAGUUUGAACCGGACAAAGGAACGCUGUUGUUUUAUGAUCUUGAUACGAAAAAAUACAUACAUACAAUUAAAAGCAAGUUCACGGGACUCUAUUUCCCAUUUUUCGGCGGUGAUGUUAAACUCAUCCCACAGUUUCUCCCUUCAGUGUAGCCUUAUUAUAAUUGACACGUUAAAGAGGAAACAUUACCUUUCUAAUCGGUAUUCUACCAUUGAACUUCUGAUUCACUGCAUAAAG